AGCUCCAGCACCAGCCGUUCCUGCCUGUCUGCCCGCCCGGCCAGCCUCGUUGGUCUGCCAGCCGCCGGCACCGCUGUUCCUGCCAUGGUCCUAGAGCUCUAUCUAGACCUGCUAUCCCAGCCCUGCCGUGCUGUGUACAUCUUCGCGAAGAAGAACGGCAUCCCUUUCCAGCUGCGAACAGUGGAGCUGCUCAAAGGCCAGCACUACACUGAUUCCUUUGCCCAGGUGAACCCUUUGAAGAAGGUGCCAGCCUUGAAGGAUGGGGACUUCAUCUUGGCUGAAAGUGUGGCCAUCCUGCUGUAUCUGAGCCGCAAGUACAAGGCCCCUGACCACUGGUACCCCCAGGACCUGCAGGCCCGAGCCCGUGUGGAUGAGUACUUGUCCUGGCAGCACACAUCCCUGCGGAGUUGUUGCACCAGGGCCAUGUGGCAGAAGAUGAUGUUCCCUGUGUUCCUGGGCCAUACUGUACCCCCUGAGACACUGACAAGCACUUUGGCUGAACUGGACAGGUGUCUGCAGCUUCUGGAGGACAAAUUCCUGCGGGACCAGCCCUUCCUUACUGGGCCCCAUAUCUCAGUGGCUGAUUUGGUGGCCAUCACUGAGCUGAUGCAUCCGGUGAGUGCUGGCUGCCGGGUGUUUGAAAGCCGACCCAAGCUGGCUGCAUGGCGCCAGCGUGUGGAGGCUGCAGUGGGAGAGGACCUCUUCCAGGAGGCCCACGAAGUUGUCUUGAAGGCCAAGGACAUGCCUCCAUUGGACCCUACCUUGAAGGAGACAUUUAAGCACUCAUUGAAGAGUUUGUUGCAAUGAAUGACUUGUAUGGACCUGUGGAUCCAUCCAGAAAAACAAUGAUUUGUCAUAAUAAAGAGACAAAGUUGCCUGUC